UCCACGGAUAUUGUGAACACUUCCUUUCGUAAUUGGCCAAAACAAAGGUGCUUUAAACUCUUCUAGUUCCGAAAAGCAGAGAAGAGAUUUCCGCUCUUUUUAAAAAACAGUAACUUGAAUCGAAAGAGAGUAAUUUGACACACAUCUAGACUGUCUUCUAGCUUACGGAUUAGUGUUUCAGUAGCGAAAAACUGCCGAUUGGACUGCACAUCUUUUAACUCACUGGGUGUCUCAAUUUUUGUCGCAUAAUUCAGUAGUUCUGGCGAUAAAGAAGGAUUGAAGUUAAUACGAGAGGACCAAAAUUAAGAAACACCUGCGUCAUAUAAUUUUGCAGUGAGGUUGGUUCGGUUAAGUAUUCAGUGAAACUGCGCGCCGAGUUCCUCGCGAACGGAAGAACCGUCAUCGAACUUUGAAAUAUUUCUGAAUUUCUUGAAUCCUUUGCGCUUGAGUCCUUCACAGAUUCAGUUUAGCUACAAGAUACGAAUCAAGAUUUUUAGCACCAUGAAUGGUACAUUCAAUUCCACAUUGACAAAUUUGACAAAUGAUUGGAUACCAACUACUGAGGAAGGAUCAGAGACAAGUCAAAAAGCUGCAGGGAGUUCGGCUAUGAAUUCUUUAAGGACUGCAUCAUACUGUGUCCUCAUCCUGCUGUCUUUGGCUGGAAACUCUUUCGUCAUCGCGACGGUUGUCAGAAAUACUAACAAACGAAUGAGAACAGUUAGCAACAUCUUCAUCGUCAACCUCAGUAUUGCAGAUAUCUUGGUGACCCUAAUCAAUAUGCCAGGCAAGAUUUCUCAGAUCUAUAUCGGGAGGAUGUGGUUGUUAGGAAAGUCAACAGGCUUUGAAAUAUUGUGUAAAAUGAUGAACUUUCUACCUUUCCUCGCUGUUUUUGUUUCAACGCAGAGUUUUGCAGUUCUAGCGUUGGAUCGCUUUGUAGCGGUGUACUUGCCUGUUCGAAAACCUAUCACAGCAAAAGUAGCGUACAUAUUGGUAGCCUUUAACUGGAUCUUUGCAAUGGCCUUCUUUUAUGUUUAUUUUCAUUCUGCAUCCAUAUGGACUCAUGGAGAUACAUCCUAUUGCUACGUCAACGCCAACGUAGUCUUUGGCAGUAUGGAAAACUUUAACAAGUUUGUUUGGGUCGAGUUUACAGUGGUUACUAUUCUACCUUUAACCAUAUCUUUCGUCCUCUACACUGCUACGAUGAUCAAACUGUGGAAACGAAAAAUCCCUGGUUCAAAUGCCACAGCCAACGCAUCGUAUUCUGACAGAGUAAAUCGUAGAGUGUUGAAAAUGUUGAUAACAGUUUUCCUGGCAUUUUUCUUCUGCUGGCUGCCUACAUGGAUUUGGAUCAUUGCUUGUAAAAGAACCGGGAAAUCUUCAAAUUUACCAGCCCUUUGCUCUGCAAAAAGUCAGUUCUCCAUGACCAGGUUUCUUAUCGCAUAUUCCAACAGUGCUAUCACACCUUACAUCUACCUUAUUUUCAGUGAGAACUACCGACAAGGAUUCAAGGAUAUUUUGAUUGCUAUGGCUUGUUGUUCAUCUGUACGUAAAGUCCUUCGACGCAGGAACAGAGUUGAGGUUUUUACACUCAGUCAGUUUACUCAAGGGGAUAGGCUUAGAACAAAUACUGUUAGUCGACGAAUGGAACGUUUGGAUUUUACGACAGUAAUCUAAACGAGAACACUUGCCUUAUAUGCAAACCAAAAAUGCAAAGACUAUUGAAAGUAUAUGUAGCCUAAAGACACGAUUUUUGUUGAGGAAUACAUAGAAAGUACUUGAGUUUCGUAUGAUGUAAUAAAUAUCUCAUUUCGCCAUAGUUGAAACACCCAUUUUCUGCGUCCAAAACAGAAGAAGUGUCUAACACAGGCAAAUAGGAGCAGUUUCAGUGUUGUAUAUAUAUUCUUUUAAUAGGUAGUGGCGCGCUACUCUACUGGCUAGGCGCUAAUUCUCUUGCGCGUUCAUGCUGGACUCGGCAACACACCUGAGUAGAGUAUGUUGAGGUCUCUACCUUGAUUGAGAAGUUUUCUUUUUACUCUUCUUUCUCUUAUUAUACAAAUAACCUUACACACUAAAUCUCAAUUUGAUGCCGUACCCUGAAUUUGAUCAGCCCAGAGAUUCAAUAUUUCAAUGUUUGCUAAAAUUGAAUGGGUUUUGAAUUAAAAGUUACUGUCAAAAUUACGUCCAGAAAAUAGACUUUGAAAGGGCUUUAGCAUCUCUCUUUUCUGGAGCCGAAAUAGCAAAAAACAAAAAAAACAAACAA